UUUCCUUUAAGUAAAAAUCUUUUCUCUCUCUUUCUCUCUCCCCCUCCCCGUAAGAAGAACACGUGAAAGAGAAGAAUGAAUAGAAGGAAAGGGCUGAACGCAGCGCCUGCAGGGAGUUGUGGUCUUCUGGAGCGCGAAGGCUGCUGGGCGUUGUGGUUUUGCAACUAUGGCUAAUCUCAGGCUGGAUGCGGCAAGAAUAUCCGCAGCGAUCGCCACCUUGCGGGUGGUGACCGAUCGUGUGAUGGGAGUAAGCAGGAUGUGGCGAGGCAGACCGAGAAUAUUAAUGAAAACAAUAUGGUCAAACCAUCUAAAAUGAAGGAAGUGUCUGGUCCAAUUUAUGUUGGUAGAGAAGAUGAUAUUAAAAAGCUCCAGAGAACAACAGCCACGGUCCACGAGAGACAAAUUGUUAUUUUCUACCAUGGUGGACACUUUUAUGCUCUGGAUUGCCGCUGUUACCAUGCAGGAGGUCCCUUACAUCUUGGUGAAAUAGAGGACAUCAAUGGACAACCAUGCAUUAUUUGUCCUUGGCAUAAGUAUAAAAUAACUUUGAAUACAGGUGAAGGAUUGUAUCAAGCAAUAAAUCCCAAAGAACCAUCUGCAGUACCCAAGUGGAAAUCAAAAGGAGUAAAACAAAGGACUCACAAAAUUACCGUGGACAACGGAAAUGUUUAUGUGACUCUUUCAGAUUUACUGGAGUAUAAAGAGUCCGACUACUAUGCUGAAAAAUACAAAGCAGAAAAAAUUGCAGAAAAAUAACAUUUUUAAAUAACAUUUUACUUCAUAGGAACUUGGAUGAAAAAACUCUUGAAUAUAGGUAGACCUCUUACAAUUACAAUGGAGCUCAACAUUUCUGGUGCUAAGUGAGACAUUUGUUAAGUGAGUUUUGCCCCAUUUUACAACCUUUCUUGUCACAGUUGUUAAGUGAAUCACUGCAGUUGUGAGCUUAGUAACAGUUGUUAAGUGAAUCUGGCUUCCCCAUUGACUUUGCUUGUUAGAAGGUCGCAAAAAGUGAUCUUAUGACCCCGGGACACUGCAACCGUAAAAAAUAUGAACCAGUUGCCAAACAUCUGUAUGUAUGUAAAACACGUGACCAUGGGGAUGUUGCUAUGAUCAACUGUUUGAAAAACAGUCAUAAAUCACUUUUUUCAGUGCUGUAACUUUGAAAGUCACUAAAGGAACUAUGGCAAGUCAAGGACUACCUGUAUAAAUUCUAGUCUUAUUAUUGAAAAGUUUUUUUGUGAUAAAUUUGCUUAGUAACACUCCCUUAGUGAUGGAGGUUUUUGUCCAAUAUCUGCAGGAUCUUGGGAGAAUUAUUUCCAGAAUAUUUUCAAAACAAAAUAAUCCAGCUGGGACAUCUUUUCAAAUGUCCAUACUCAAAUCAAGGAUCUCAUUUCACAAUUAAAAUCCAGAAUAGACCUGGAAGGAGAUGUUAUACACCCCCCCACCCCAAGAUUCAUUAAGGGGAACAAGGACUGGUGAGUUAGGGUUGGUUGUCCUAUUUACUCCAAUAAACAUCUCAGCAUGCUUUCUUUCUGAAUGGAGCUAUGUCAUUGUUAUCCAAUCCUAUGGAAACAAGAAACUAGUUUAUGCUACCAUUUUUGACCCAUCAGCCAGCAAACUAAAUAAUAAAUGUACUUACAACUAUUGAACCAGGCUGCAAGUGAAGGCAUCUUAGUUGAGGAGAAGGGACAGUUUAGAGUGGAUUAAUCAAUUCUUAAUCACCAUAUGGUCAUCCACUUUUUAACUAAGAAAUACUCUUUCCAGCCCAAAGCCUUUGGGCUAAUUCCUAGGGAGAGGGUGUGAGAAAACCGAAGAAAAUUUUAAUAGAUUUAAAUUUUCUGAACCUAUUUUACAAGUUUUUACUCUAAGCAGAAAGUGAAAAAGCCCUCAGUUCUCUUCUCACUACUGAGAGAUGACACGAUAAUGAUCUCCUCUGCACAUAAAAAAGGUAGGACCAACUAAUAAGGGGAGGUGAUGAAUGAGAGAAGACCUUUGCUUAUUAACAUGUAAAUCAAAAAAUAAUUUCUGCCUCACCCUCUCUGACCAGGUACUGUCCCCAGAUCAUUGUCUUCAGCCAUUCUAUGGAUCAGCACUCUUCAUGCUCCUCUGUCUCACACACAGAUCCGCCAUGGUCAUUUCAGCCCAAGAAGGAGGAUCUAAUUCUCAAAGUAAUGUUGGAGUGCAGGAAUUAAAUGAAAAGAAGCAACAUUUCUUCACAGUAUUUGUGUGACACUAUCAUAAUAUAUAAUAAUAUAAUAAGAAAAUUAAGGAGAAUGCUAUCAAGUAGGUAUACCCUUGCAAAUACCUUGGGGCGGGGUUCCCCCCCCCCAGAUUUUAGUAUCCUGAGAACUUUUUGAUAAUUGGUAAGUGCUGUUCAGUGUAGCUCCUCAAUUAUUCUGAGUUUUGUUUUCCAUUUAGAGAGAGCUCACUAUAUCCCCGAAAGGGAUAUUCAAGGUUGCUCCCAGCUUUUCUACAAUGGCCAGAUCUGUACUUUUAGAAAGCUUUGCAUCCUUGAAACCAUUCAAUUUAAGCUUAUUAGAAGUACUCUUCCAGUCCCAUGAUGUAUUACAAAUGCUGCUUUUUGUUUAGAUAUAGGCUUGGUCUUUGUGGGUACUAGAGCCUGGUACUAUCAUUUUAAACAAUUGCAAAUGCUAGCGUGUUUCCCAGUUAAUUUGAUGCCUGCCAUUGAUUCUUCAACCUGGUUUAAAAGGUUGAAAACUUUACUCUCUAACUCUUUUGUGUGGAAGUGUUUUUGAAAACAGAAGCAUUUCUAAGUAGUGUAUCUGAGACACUGAUCUUCAAAUUAUUCUCUAUAUGGUUCCCAGUUUUGCAAGACUUGGGGUCUUUUCAAAUGGAUAUGAGCUACCCUGGUACCUCUCUUCCAUCACAGUCCUGAAAUUUUGUUGACUCUUCAUUCUGGCCAGGCUGGAUGCAUUGCCUUCUGCUUUUUUUUGAGGUUACAGAAAUACUCCUAACACACUUAAGAGGGCAUCAGGAUGACAAUACUAGCUCACCUGAAGCUUAAAAAUUACAAUGUAUAUUUUCCUCAAAACAGACUUUCCUUGCAAUGGAAUUCUUGUUUAACCCUUGUAUGAAAAAUGUAUUUAAAAGCAUUAUCAGUGUAAAUAAAUGGAGAUACCGUUUUUCCAUGUUGUGUAUUAUGGAUCUUUAAAUAAAGAAAUAUUU